AAGCCCGCAAAAAGUUUCUUCUUCCGUGAGAAAACGCGGUGCAUAAAGUUCAGCCGGGAAGAAGUCGCGGUUUGUACCGUCGCCUUCCGUCUCCCCGCGCCGGAGCGCAGAGGCCCGCGGCAAAGCUGUGUGGUUUGAGUUUCCUUCCCCUCCCCUCGCCCCCCUUCCACCUGAAGGAAUUUAUGACACGGAUGAAAACUGAAACGGAGCUGGAGGGGCGGCUGAGAGACGCAGUGAUGUCGCCGGGGGAUUAAACGGGGUGGAGGUGAUGUCACCGUGCCUGCACAGCAAAACGCACACAUACACGCACACCCCCCACCCCCCGGAGGAUCAGAGCUGCCAAAGCAGAGCGAUCGGCCCCACGUCACUCGUGCCACUGGUAUAAAUGCAGUCCUGCGAUGUGCAUGGCUGUCGGCGUGGCGGCUCCCGCGACUUGACUGCAGCAGGGCUCCGGGAGGCAGCGCCACUCCGCUCCCUUCGGCCGCCGGGAUCCCCGGUGUGGCGGCGAACAAGGAGGAGAAGGAGGAAGAAGAGGAUGCUGCGCGCCUUGGUGGCGGUGUCCCUGUGGCUGCGGGUGAGCCCGCGGGCGCAGGGCACGCCGUGCGAGGCGGUUCGCAUCCCCAUGUGCCGCCCCAUGCCCUGGAAUAUCACCCGCAUGCCCAACCACCUCCACCACAGCACCCAGGAAAACGCCGUCCUCGCUAUCGAACAGUACGAGGAGCUGGUGGCCAUCGGCUGCAGCCCGGUCCUGCCCUUUUUCCUCUGCGCCAUGUACGCUCCCAUCUGCACUCUGGAGUUCCUCUACGACCCCAUCAAGCCGUGCCGCUCCGUCUGCCAGCGCGCCCGCGACGACUGCGAGCCCAUCAUGCGCCGCUACAACCACAGCUGGCCCGAGAGCUUGGCUUGCGACGACCUCCCCGUCUACGACCGCGGCGUCUGCAUCUCCCCAGAGGCCAUCGUCACCGACGUGCCGGAGGAUGUGAAGUGGACGGACUUCACACAGGGCUUUAUGAUGCCGGACAGACCCCUGGAGCCUGACUGCAGGAGCCGCGGCCAGGACCCGUGCAGGUGCAAAAAGACAAAGCCUACACUGUCAACCUACUUGGUCAAGAACUACAGCUACAUCAUUCAUGCUCAAGUAAAAAGCAUAGAAAGAGGGAACUGCAAUGAGAUAACAACUGUAGUUGAAGUCAAAGAUGUACUCAAGUCUUCAACACCAAUUCCUCUGUCCCAAGUGCCUCUUCUUACAAAUUCCUCCUGCCAGUGCCCUCCUCUUCAACCAAAGCAGGAUGUUCUUAUCAUGUGCUAUGAGUGGCACUCAAGGUUGAUGCUUCUUGAUGGAUGUCUAGUUGAAAAAUGGAAGGACCAACUAAACAGAAGAUUUAAGAGGUGGGAGCAGCGACUGCAAGAACAAAAGAGGCGAACUGCCCACAAUAAGAACCAGAACUCAGGACGCAGUGGUCAGAGUGGAGCCCUGAAACUGCAAACCAAGAACACCAACUCACUGAUCAGUGGCCCCAAAAAGGCCAUUAAAAUAAGAAAUGUCCAGAAAGAAAUCAACCCCAAAAAAGUAUGAGUGUGAAAUUCCUGAAAGGAAGGACUUCCCCUGAAUGACAGCAUGUUUUAUUAAUCAUCAUUAACUUGUCGACUUAAAAAAUCAUGUCGGUUUCUACGUAGACGUUUUUUGCUGCACUUUACUGUUACAAGGUUUGCUUAUCCUUUCAAGUCACUGCAAGCCAUAGAGCAUAGAUUUGCACUAAUAUGAGGUAGGCAUAUUUCAUCUGACUGAGCUUUAUCUUUGGGCUCUGAUUUCCCAUCUAGAUACAACUAGCCUUGGCUGCCAGAGGUUUUGACUCCUUGUACCAAUUGCCUGCUCUGCUUCCCUGUCAGAUGUUGGAGAGCUGCAUGGAGUUUCUCCUCAGCUGGUGCAUUAGUUGGUGAGUUAGUCUGUGAAUUAGCUGAGAUCUCACUAGCCUUGUCAGCUGAGGAAGUAGCAGAAGGAUGGUAACCUCUGGCAGAUAUUUCAGGUAGCAAUGACUGCAGCUGCUGGAGCUGAACCUAUUUGCUAUUUGGAAGCACAGCCCUUGUUCAGGGUGUUCAAAAGCAUAGUUUACCAUUAAGCGUCUGGCUAUGCAUUAUAUGAUUAUUUUAAUAUGUGUGCCAAAAAUAUACUUACAGUGAUAGUAUUUGAUCUCAUGGGUUUGUGUAGUAAAAGUGCA